CUUUGGUCCGGUGAACAAGUGAUUCGUUGUACGCACUAUUUUUAUUCCUUUGUACAUAUAGUUUAUUGCGCAAAGUUUAAGUAUUUUUACUCGAAACCAGUUAACGUAAAGGAGUAUUUAAUGUGGACAGAGUGGACGGUUAAUUUAUAGUGGAUAAGGAAAAUUAAGAUAAGCACGUGUUUGAAACGGUGUACGUGUGUGUGACAUGCUAGUAUGGCUUCAUCGCAGAUCCAAGUACGCCCACCAAUGGGUCUCCUGACGACGGUGGCCGAUCUGCCGCCAAGCUUCAAGGCGCAAUAUGUUCCCGUCGUCGCCGCCCUUACCAAGCUUGCCACCGACUCACCGCUGGAUUUGACGGUGAAGCAGUGCUUUGGGGGUGCUAUUACACCUCCGCUGACACCGUCGCCGCUGAAGAAACGCUAUCGCGAAGAGAACGACGAAAAUCGUGAUGGAAAUCUGACCAAACAGAUUAAGGUUGAACACAUAGUGCCGGAAAAGAGGGAAGCCACACCAGUGAAACCCGUUAAAAUCAGCGCGGCUCCCAGGAGUUCAAAGAACCCUCCUCCGGUGGUUCCAAUUUCGAAAGAGCGUCGAACGAAAGCAGCCAGAAAGUUAAAAUUUGACGAAGAAACCACAUCACCGGUGUCCGGUACGAUAAUCAUAUCACUGGAGGAAGUCAUCAACAGUGACAUGCCCCGUGAGUCCGGUGAUAUUGAUCCUCAGUUUAACUUGGUGGAAAUAUCGGACGAGGUGCGAGCAGAGCUAGCUACCAUUCCUAAUGUAAUCGGUGCCUACAAUUGUAAACUGUGUCGAUUGGAGUUUGAAGAUGCAUUCGGACUUGCCCAGCAUCGAUGUGCUUGCAUAGUUCUUCUGGAGUACCGUUGCCCGGAGUGUAGUAAACGAUUCAACUGCCCGGCAAAUUUGGCAUCUCAUCGUCGUUGGCACAAACCACGGGAUCAAGUUGCCAAAAAGGGCGAUGGUGACAAGAACGAUGAAUCGGAAUGCAAGUACCGCUGUGAGCAGUGUAAUAAAACCUUCAAACGUCCAGCCUAUCUGAAGAAGCAUCAACUGACGCAUCAAAAAGCUAAAAAUAAACCCAAACAUAAUCAAUCAAGUGCCGAAACCGAAACAAACGCAACAAUCAUUACAUCCGCUAGCUAUCGUAAUAGUAGCUGUGAAGAGUCCAAUCAUUCUGCCGACAGUGGCAACACGGUCUACGUUAAUCACAUGACCGAAGCUCCACAUACUGUGUUCACCGUAGUGGCCAGCGAGCCUCCGCUUCAAACAGAAUUGGUCCAUCAUAACUAUCACAUAAACUCCGGCGUCUCUCAUCAAUCGUCAACCACCGAACCAAGUGAAAUGGAGGAAGAGGACGACGACGACGACGAGGACGACUACGAGGAGCGUGCUUUGGUUAUCAACGAGGACUAUCAGGACGAAAUGGAGGAGAUUCGCUCGGCGUACUGUGACCGCUUCACCGAGGAGGAGAACAUUGCCGCUGCAGCACUGGCUCAUCUACGCAAUGGACCAUCGGUAAUCCGACACACGACCGCGCUGGUCGUCUAGGAAGGAACCUUUAUACUCGUAAGUUGCCUAACAGUAGUUACUUAAGUACUAUCAUCAUCAUCAUUACAGUAGCGCGGGGACGGUAUACGGUGUUCUACUCCGGGAUUAGCUUUCUUAGAAAUAUAGAAUAGGGUAUUAUGAUUUAGUUAAUGUACAUUUUGCGAACCACAAAUCAGCAUCACACCAAAUGAAGACUUGCUACUAAGAAAAGACUGUACAUAGCUUUAUAGGGAUAAGACAGCAGAGCAAAGCUCUCGCUCGUUCUCAACUAGAUUCUAGGUCACCGA